AUGCCGCUCGAGGCUACCAUGAUCGUUGUCGACAACAGCGAGACCAGCAGAAAUGGAGACUAUCUACCCAACCGCUUCUCAUCACAGUCCGAGGCCGUCUCACUCAUCUUCAAUGCCAAAACAUCCUCCAAUCCCGAAUCCGCUGUUGGUCUAAUGUCCAUGGCCGGCACAGGUCCUACAGUCCUCAACACACCCACAACCAACUUCGGCGCCGUCCUUGCAGGUAUGCACGAGACCAAGAUCAAAGGUCACAUCCGGUUGGGAACGGCUAUCAGUGUGGCAAUGUUGGCCUUAAAACACAGAGCAAAUAAAUCACAAAGACAACGAAUCGUCGUCCUAAUUUGCAGCGCAUUGGAUCCGAAGUUUGGAGAUAAGAAUGAUACGGAGAAGGAGCUGGUCAAACUGGCAAAGAAGUGUAAGAAGAACAAUGUUUCGGUGGAUUUCAUCGCAUUCGGUGAUGCCAUCGAAUCCAGUACAAGACCCAUUCUUGAGAAGUUUAUUGAGGCUGUUGGUGGCUCCAAUGGCGAAGGCAACUUCCUGGCUGUCAUCCCUCCCGGACCUGGUCUCCUGAGCGACAGUAUCAUCACCACCCCCAUAGUCGGUAUGGGAGGUGAUAUGGGUCAAGGAAGUGGUGGCAUGGAAGGUGUAGAAACCAGCGGCGGAGGUGGCAAUGGCUUCGAAUUUGGAAUUGAUCCGUCGGCCGACCCGGAACUCGCUAUGGCAUUGCGAAUGAGUAUGGAAGAAGAGACAAACAGACUAGAAAGAGAACGAAGAGCGCGAGAGGAAGAAGAAAGACGGAAUUCGGACAGAAUGGAGACAAUAACCGAGGAAGGCCAGGGACAGCCAUCAUCAAAUGGAGACAACCAGGAUGGGGGUAAUGACUCGAAGCAGCCGAGGGUGGAGGACGAGAGGAAGGAUUGA